UUUGUCCUGGAAUUGAGGUACCAUUUGUUGAAACCAACUAUUUCUUGUCUUGCAGAAUUCAGGUUUCUGAAAAGAUUGAUACUUGUCCAUGGGCGGUACUCGUACAAUCGUACAGCAUUUAUGUCCCAAUAUUCGUUUUAUAAAUCCCUACUGAUAUGUUUCAUUCAAAUCUUUUUCUCUUUUAUUUCAGGUGUCUCUGGUACCAGUCUUCUCGAUGCUGUCAGUUUGAUGGCUUAUAAUGUGUUCUACACUAGUAUCCCUGUUUUAGUCAGUCUCGUGGACAAAGAUCUUAGUGAAGGAACUGUGAUGCAGCACCCACAGAUUUUAUAUUACUGCCAAGCAGGGAGGCUUCUUAAUCCUCGCACAUUUGCUGGAUGGUUUGGGCGGUCUCUGUUCCAUGCAAUUGUCGUAUUUGCAAUCACCAUACAUGCUUAUGCUUUCGAAAAAAGUGAAAUGGAGGAGAUGUCAAUGGUGGCACUCUCUGGAUGUAUUUGGUUGCAAGCUUUUGUUGUUACGUUGGAGACAAAUUCCUACACAAUAUUUCAACUUCUGGCCAUAUGGGGCAAUCUAGCUGGUUUCUAUAUCAUCAACUGGAUUGUUAGUUCCCUUCCGUCGUCAGGGAUGUACACGAUCAUGUUCCGCCUCUGUAGACAGCCGUCUUAUUGGAUAACUAUGUUUGUGAGUUUUACUUUCCAUUUUAUGCACUAUUUCAUUUACCACAUUCGACUGUUUCCACCUCUGGCAACUUAGAUGACCAAUUACAACUUGCUAUAUUAUGGUAGGGUACUGUUUUCAUUUAUACAGAACUCAAGAGCUGUUACCGUAAUAUGCUUUCGUUAUGAUGAAAUGAUGGUGUUACUGGGACACUACCGUUUCCAUUGAAUUUCAUGCCCUCUGUCAUCUCAGUAGUCCCAUAGAUUUGGUCCUUUUUUGGGGACUGUUAAUGCCUUGAUAUAAUUUGUUGUAGUUGGUCACCUAAGAAACCUGAAAAGAUGUGGUGGGUAGAGAGGAGUCAAACCCUUAGGCCAUGUUUGUUUUGAUGGAUUGUGUUAGAUCAUAGA